AUGUCCGCUUCUUGUUUCUCCAACUUCCACCACGACCCUUCAGAUACUCCAUCGACCACUGCUGGCGAUUCCAGAAGCACUCCCCAAAACGAGCCACAAGACCCCCGCGCCGAAGACCGCCCCGCAGGUGCAACGAGUGCAAGUGCGCCUGAGGCCGGUCCCUCAUUACAGAACUAUUCACCGGAGGAACUCGAAAAGCAUUUGGAGGAGGCUGAGCUCCAGAUCCUGGUUGAUAAAUACGCGGCGAAGUGCAGGAGUGAUGCGGUGCGCCAAGCCACCAAGCUGGAAACCGAAAGGCGGGUCCUUCGCCAGCAAUCAGUGUCAUUGAGUCUGCUUGAAUGGCUGCCGACCGAUAUCCAAAACAAAAUUCUGGAAUUGGCGGUCGCCGAAGAGCAUGACUAUUUGACGUCGAGUGCUAAGGGCAUUGGCGCAAAGCAGGCAGGCUCUGAGGAGGAGCUGUAUGGGAAGCUCUGGACACUGAAAGAAACCCUCCUCAAGCUUGGAUUCUCGGUGGAGCGUACAGAAGAGGCACUGAAACAUGUCCUCACAUGGUUUGCGGGCAAUCCCGUCAACGCCGGCCGUGAUGUCGUAUGGAAUUUGGACGAGGCGCUGGAAUGGCUGGCAAUGCAUAAUGACUCGAAGGACCUUCCACCAUAUACGCAAACAAACUCCCGUCCACAAAAAGAUGCGGAUCUUGUCACUUCGUGGAUGACCGACUCGGCGCCGUCAAGGUCUUCAACCCCCAAAUCUCAGAAUGAACAUAAACAGGGAAAGCCCAAGGCAGACUGGAAGGCUGCGAAGGUUGCGCCUCCUGUGUCUUAUGACUCGGAUAGCUCGAUUGAUCCUGACACCAUGGUUCCAGAGUGGUUGGAAUUGCAAACCAAGCUCUAUAGUCUUCAACCCGACCUGUUUGAUCGUCCAGGCAGGGGUAAAAAGGGCCGUGGGGGUGCUACAGAGCAGUCGGAUGACCCUGAAGUGGCCAAAUUGCAGCACAAGAUUACUAAGAUUGAACGGGAUGUGCUGUUUGAGCGCCACGAAGCUGAAUUCAUCUGGAAGGGGAAGCUUGACGAACUCAGGAAGGAUGCAACGUUCAUGCGUCGCCCGGUAGAGCGAAAGAAGCAGGCCCAACCUUCGGAAGAACCAGCAAAGGAGGCGACAAAUAAUCCACCACCUGACGCAGACGUUUUGCCGGUGGAUGAAAUGGAGGAUGAUGCUGCAGGCCUUCUUGGGGACAUGUUCCAGGCCGAACCUGACGAUGGGUCCAUCCUAGGACUGCCCCCUCCCGUGAUGGAAGCCAACGUCACCAUCAGAGACUUUGGGAAAACCACUGGUUUAAGCCCACGAAGAGUUCUGGAAGAGACCUGCAAAGCAAGAGACUCGGGAUGCAAGGUUGUCUACCAAGACAUUUCAUCUUCAAGCCACCAAAAUAGAAAAGCCCUCGAAGUGCGAUGGUCCAAACCACAAGAGACCCCAUUCCCCCUGGUUGUUGACUUGGUCACACACAAGUCAAAUGCCUUUGCAACAUUCGUUUCAAUGGAUGCUCUUGUGACACCAAACCAGCAGCAGGCUGAAGGAUAUGUUUCAACCCUUGCGCUUUUCAUCUUGUUCCCUCAAAACUCCAAAGAAGGCAAAGCCUAUCUGCGGAUACCAGGUGUCUGGCGGGAUCUUUGGACCGAAUUCUCCAACCUGAAAAAGACCCAGGAAGAUGAAAUCGACAAAGGGACGAUCAAAGAUCUGAAGCGCUUGGUAGAAGAGAACCGAGGCACCUUCGAGGAUGACGUCGUGCUUUUGGACAAUUUCCGGAAAAGAAACGGCACAGCAAGCAAGCCGGGCAGUCCUUUGAAAGGACCUGCUCGGGGCGACUAUCUUGGCCAAAAUGAGCAGCUGCCCGGCAUCUGGGAGGCCAAAGCGUCCACCCCGGCUUUCCAUCGCAUGAUGCAGGGCCGAAUGACCCUCCCCAUCUGGAAUUUCAAGGACGAUAUUCUGAGCACUUUGAAUACACACCAGGCCCUCAUUAUUUGCAGUGAGACCGGUAGUGGAAAGAGUACGCAGAUUCCAUCCUAUAUCCUGGAGCAUGAGAUGCUUCACGGCCGGCCCUGCAAGAUCUACGUGACGGAGCCCCGGCGUAUUUCUGCGAUCUCUUUGGCCCGACGUGUCAGCGAGGAACUUGGAGAAAGCAAGAAUGAUGUCGGGACUCCACGAUCACUGAUAGGUUUUGCUGUGAGGCUGGAAAGUAAGAUCAGCUCAGCCACCCGCCUAGUAUAUGCCACCACUGGUGUGGUGGUGCGAAUGCUUGAGCGGCCUGAUGACUUCCAGGACAUCACCCACGUUGUCCUGGACGAGGUUCAUGAGCGAACAAUCGACAGCGAUUUCCUUCUAGUUGUCCUCCGCAGACUGAUGCAGAAGCGUCCAGAUCUGAAGCUCAUUCUCAUGUCUGCAACUGUGGAUGCGCAACGCUUCUCUACUUACCUCGGCGGGGUUCCGGUUUUGAAUAUCCCGGGCCGGACGUUCCCAGUGGAAAUAAAGUACCUCGAGGAUGCGGUUGAGAUGACAAACUACCGUUUGUCUGAGGACGAGUCGAACACUUCCAUCGAUGACGAUCCGGAUGAGAUCUCCGAUAACGUGGGCGACAAUGCCGGAGGGCUGCAGGCUAGCCUUGACGGCUACUCCAAACAGACCAAAGAGACUAUUCUCAAGUUUGACGAGUAUCGCAUGGACUACCAGCUUAUCAGAAAGUUGCUCCUGAAGAUCGCCACUGCCCCUGAGCUGGAGCAUUACAGCAAAGCAAUCCUGGUCUUCAUGCCCGGCCUAGCAGAAAUUCGCCGCUUGAACGACGAGAUUCUCUCCGAGCCAUCUUUCCAAAGAGGGUGGAUUGUGCACGCACUCCACUCUUCGAUCGCCAGCGAAGACCAAGAGAAGGCAUUCGUCGUGCCCCCAGAAGGCUUCAAAAAGAUCGUUAUCGCCACCAACAUUGCAGAAACCGGUAUCACCAUCCCGGACAUUACGGCGGUGGUAGACGCAGGAAAAGAAAAGAUGAUGCGCUUUGAUGAACGACGACAACUAUCCCGCCUCAUCGAGUCGUUCAUUUCGCGCGCCAACGCCAAACAGCGUCGUGGUCGAGCUGGUCGUGUCCAGAAUGGCAUCUGCUUCCACCUGUUCACGAAACAUCGCCACGACCAACUGCUAGCCGAACAGCAGACUCCGGAGAUGCUCCGCUUGUCCCUGCAGGACCUCGUGCUACGAGUCAAGAUCUGUAAAUUGGGAGAGGUGGAGCAGACGCUCAGCGAGGCGCUGGAUCCGCCGUCAUCUAAGAACAUCCGGCGUGCAAUUGAUUCUCUGAAGGAAGUCAAGGCACUCACAAGCAAUGAAAGCCUGACCCCAUUGGGAUCACAGCUGGCCAAGCUGCCGUUGGAUGUCUUCCUUGGCAAGUUGAUCAUUCACGGAGCGUUCUUCAAGUGUUUGGAUGCGGCUGUUAGCAUUGCUGCCAUUCUGUCUUCCAAGUCUCCUUUCGUGAACACCAUGGGCUCCAACUCGCAGCGUGACGCGGCUCGAAACUCCUUCCAGAGAGGCGACUCGGAUCUCUUGACUGUAUAUAAUGCCUACUGCGGCUGGAAGCGCGCGAGGAGCACGCCAGGCUCUAACGAAUUCUCCUUCUGUCGGAAGAACUUCCUCAGUCCGCAGACGCUCCUCAGCAUCGAAGAUGUCAAGAUGCAGCUGGUUGUCUCGAUCGCCGACGCGGGACUCCUCACCCUUGACGGAGCCCAGAAGGCCGCUCUAAACAAAGCACGCUCAACGAACCGGAACCGCCAAUUGUUCAAUAUCCCGGAGCAACACGACCUCAACAGCGCCAAUGACGUUGUCAUCAACUCGGUCGUUGCCUGGAGCUUCUACCCCAAACUUAUCACCCGCGAGGGCAAGGGCUGGCGCAACGUCGCGAACAACCAGGCCGUCACGCUGCAUCCGACAUCCAUCAACAAACAUGCCGACCCGGCCGUCAAGUGGCUCUCGUAUUAUCAUAUUAUGCAGGCGCGAAACCGUAAUCUCAACGCACAUGAUACGAGUGCGGUGGACGAUUUCGCGAUUGCGUUGCUCUGUGGAGAGGCCGAGUUCAAGCUCUACUCCGGCGUGAUUACCAUCGACGCCAACCGCAUCCGCUUCGCAACGCAUACCUGGAAGUCCAUGCUGGCUCUCAAAACCCUCAACUCCCGCCUGCGGGACCUGCUCGCGUCCAUCUUCCGCAAUCCUCACAAACCGCUGUCCUACAAGCAACAGCAGUGGCUGGAAAUUUGGCAGCAGAUCUUUACUCUCGCAGGGAAGAAGUAA